AUGCAUCGUUGCAGAGUAUCCUCACUCCUCUGUGAGUACUCCUUGAGUAAUGAGCAGGAUUGGAUAACCAUGUUACCAAACCCUAGUGCUACAUUUCUCAAAAAUGAUGAGAUACUCUGUCGAUUACCCGUUACGCCUCUUCUUCGUUUUCGAUGUGUGUCGAAAGAAUGGUGUGGCCUUAUAGAUAGCAAUGCUUUUGCCAAGAAACAGCUUAGGAAUACCCUUGAUUGCAAUGCUGGUCUUGGUCUUAUGAUAGUGGUCAAACGUAAAGGUGAUCGAAGGUUUUAUUUGGCGGGUUCAGAUUCUUUAGAUGAUGAUGAAUCUGCUGCUGUUGUGGAAAUAGAUGAUCCGCUCAAGAGUGUGCUAUAUAAUGCUCAUAUUGUGGGCUCUUCGAAUGGUUUAAUGUGUGUGUUCAAAAAUGUGAUGGAUGUUUUUGUGUUGAAUCCGACAACUAGGAAGUAUAGAAAGAUAGCCCGUGUGCCCCCUGAGUUUUGUCGAGCUAUUAUGUGGAAACCCUUAUGUGGAUUUGGGUAUGAUGAGGUUGAUGAUGAUUUUAAGGUUGUCAUGUUUGCAGAGCCUCAUUUUUUUCGUGGCUUAAUAACUGUCUACAGCCUUAAAACCAAUACUUGGGCAGAGGUUCAGGAUGUUCCUGAUGACAUUCGUUUCACUUUGACUGAAACUAGGGCCUUAUUUUCAAAUGGAUCUCUGUAUUGGAUGGCACUUAAGGGAUUGGAUGACCAACUCAAUUACAAGUUUAUUAUUGUUGGCUUUGAUCUCAAACUUCGACAUUUCAGGGAGGUCCCUUUACCUCCUCUUGAGGGGGCUCAUCCAGGUUUCAGUAACAGCAAUUUGGUUGAUAUAGGAGGAUGUCUUUGUUUUCUCGACAUCCUUGAUUCUCAUAUGGAUUUGUGGUUGAUGAACUAUCCUGGGGCAAAAAGUACUUGGCACAAAGCAUUUUCUGUGAAGAAACAGGAAAUGCCAACACACACUUCAUUCUCUAAACUUGUGGCAUUUUCCAGAAAACGAGAGAAUAUACUCUUAUGUUGUGUUUGGUUGGGAUGAAUGAACAUGGAGAGAAUGGAAUGAGAUUUGAACUAUAAUUUUAUUGAAUGUAUAAUAAUUUCAUUCCUUCCACCAUUCCAUUCCUAAUAUACUUAACUAGAGCUCAAACCUUUCAUUUUGUGAAGGAAUACUUCAUUCCUUAUCAUAUCUAUUUUCUACCCAAAUCUUAUCAUACAAAAUUUGCACUCACUCAUUUUUUUUUUCAAAGUCCUCUCUCAUACACUCUAUUAUUUUCUUUUAUUUUUACUCAUUCUAUUCUAUUCCAUUCCAUUCCAUUCACCCCAACCAAACACAACAUUACAGGUGCGUGGCUUUCACACACAGCUUGCCUGGUAUAACAUUGACCGUAAGACAGUCAAGAAUAUUGGGAUUCAGGGGAUUCCUCUUCAAUAUUGUUCAUUUCCAUACACCGAGAGUCUCUUACAGCUCACUGAGGAUGAGGCGCUGCAGCAGACCAUCAAAAGACAAGAAAAAGAGGAAUGCAUAAAAAUGGAGAAGGAAUUCGAAGAGAGAGAGGAGAGACAAGUAGAUUUCAAGACAGUGGCUAGAAUGGAAGGGAGUUCAUCAGAGCACUAGAUAUAUCUUCAUUGCUCCAUGCGUUUUAUUUGUUUAUUUAGUUGUCCAAGUGUUUUUAGAGGAAGCAAGUACUGCAGUUUGUUUGAUGCAACAGAUGAUGUUAUUUAGAUGGGUAAUAGUUUUAACAUCCUUACUCUUUACUUCUGUUUGAAUAUAUAUACAACUUCAUCUUAUGUAUCCCCGUAGUGAAAUUUUAUUAGUUUGUCUGUAAUAAGAUUCACACUAUUCAUACAAUCAUACUCACACUAUUAAUUUUGCUGCUACAUUUCUUGAAAAUGGCUCUCCCUUGUGAGAUGAUUGCGGAGAUACUUUGUCGAUUACCCGUUAAGCCUCUUCUUCGAUUUCGAUGUGUGUCGAAAGAAUGGUGCUCUCUUAUUGAUAGCAAUGCUUUUGCCAAGAAACAGAUUAAGAAUGCCCUUGAUUGUAAUGCUGGUGUUGGUGUUAUGAUAUCGAAACUUGAUUUUGGGGGUGAAAAAAGGGUUUAUUUAGCAGGUUUCGAUUCGUUGGAUGAUGAAUCUGUUUCUGUUGUGGAAAUUGAUGGUCCACUCAAGGCUUUUCUCUCUGUUGCUCAUGUUGUGGGUUCUUCAAAUGGUUUGAUGUGUGUGAUCAAAUAUGUAACGAAGGAUGUGUUUUUGUUGAAUCCGACGACUAGAAAGACUAGGAAAAUAGCCUGCGCGCCACCUGAGUUUCCGCGUUCCUUUAGGAUGGGUGAUAGUCAUUUUUUUGGAUUUGGAUAUGAUGAGGUUAGUGAUGAUUUCAAAGUAGUCUUGAUUGCAAAGUGUUAUCGGCAGUUUCAUGGCUUGAUAGCUGUGGUCUACAGCUGCAAGACCAAUGCUUGGACACGGGUUCAGGAUGUUCCUAGUAACAUUCAGUUGCUUGGAACUAUGGGUUUGUUUGCAAGUGGUUCUUUGCAAUGGAGGGCAACUACAAUCGGAAAGAUACGCAAGCAUAUUAUUGUUGCCUUUGAUCUUCAACGUCAACUGUUUAAGGAGGUUCCUUUUUCACCUACUGAGACUUGUGCCGAUUUCAAUUAUUUGGUUAAUGCCGGUAAUAUCUGUGUAUUCUUGAACCCUUUAAUUCUAGAUGGAAUGUGUGGUUGAUGAACUAUCCUGGGGCUGAAAAAACUUGGUGCAAAGUAUUUUCUAUGGAGCAACAAGAAAUAGUCGAUAUUUAUUCGUCCACUAAACUUGUUGCUUUUUUCAGAAGUGGUGAGGAUCUACUCUUAGAAUUGCAGUCACCACAACACAAAACUUGUGUGGUAUAACCUUGACCAGAAGACAAUCAAGGAUGUUAGGAUUCAUGGAAAUCCUGUUCAUUUCAAUUCAUUUCUAUACACGGAGAGCCUUUUACAGCUAACUGAGGAUGAGCCACUGCUGCAGAAGCCAUCUAAAGACAAGCUAAAGAAGAAUAAACAAAACAAGAGAAGGUGAAGGAAAACUAGGGUACCAACUCAACUCGAUUGGGACUCAUGCACCGGACACAGGUCACCUCUUCACUCUUCAAUGUCUGAAUAAUCAUCAUACUCAUCACUGUAGUAAGAUCCUAUCAGUUUUGUAAUAAUUUAUUAAGGGCAUUUCUAUUUGAAUUCUAAUUUAGCUUUUAGUUACCAAAUCUUGAUGCUAUUACAUAAAAAUGGCACUUCCUUAGGAGAUAAUAUGGAACUGCUUUUGUCAAGAAACAUCGUAAGACUACCCUUGAUUGCAAUGCUGGUGUUCGUUAUAUGAUAAUGAAACUUGGCGGUGACAAAACGGUUUAUUGGGCGGGUUUUGCUUUAGAUGACGAGUCUGCUGUUUUUGUGGAAAUAGAUGUACUCGAGUGUUUCUCUCUGAUGCCAAAAUCAUGGGUGCUUCAAUGGUUUAAUGUGCGUGUUUGAAAAUGGAAGGAAGGAUGUUAUUCUAUUGAAUCCUACAACUAGGACGAGGGUUCAGAAUGUUCCAAAAGGAAUUCGUUUCACUGGCAUUAGGGGCUCAUCUGCAUGUGGAUCUCUGCAUUGGAUGGCAAUUGAGUGUCAAUUGUCAAACCAAUUGCAAGGAUGUGAUUGUUGGCUUCAAUCUCAAACUUAAACAGAUCAAGGAGGUCCCUUUUCCUCCUAUUGAGGGCUCAUGCCCAUUUCAAUAGCAGAAUUGUGGUUGACGUAGGAGCAUAUCUUCGUGUUCUCGACAGCGAUCUGUGGUUGAUGAAAUAUCCUGGGCUUGGAAGUACUUGAAGUGGCGAGGAUCUCCUCUUACAGGUGCACAGCGAUUACAACGCCCAACUUUGGUGGUAUAAACUUAACUGGAAGACACUUAAAAAUGUUGGGAUUUGUGGGAUUCCUCUCCAAUUAUGUUUUUUCCUAUAUACCGAAAGUCUCUUACAGCUCACUAAGAAUGACCUGCUGCAGCAGAAGCCAUCAAAGACAAGUAAAAGAAGAAUGUAAGAAAAGGGAUAUAUUUCUAUGAUUCUAUCCAGAAGAUCUAGUUUGGGGCUAUAAGAUACUUGAAGAAUGACACGAAGUAGUAUGAAAAGUUCAAAGUUUGAACACACGAGAUUGGGAUAUGCAUUUGCAGUCCGUGCUGUACAUUGGAUCAAUUAAUACGACGAUAUCCUUAUUGUAAUGGUAAGAUCACAUCUGUGUCUAGUGUCUACUGCAUUUUUGUUUUGAGAUAUUUAAGAGUUGUGAAGGUGCUUAAUAUAUUUUGUGCUGCCUUUUGUAUUCCUCACCUUCACCCAAUAUAAGUCCUUUUUAUUUUACAAUUUGAUUUAGAAUUGUCUGCAAGUGUUGUCUGAUAGUCAUCGGAUGAUAGUGCUAUGGGUACUCGGAAAAACUCCUGCCUAAGUCAGACUUGCCUGUAAUCUCCAUUGAAGUUGAACCAUGCAAUCAUACAGGCGGUCAACACUUGUUUUCUGUAAUUUAAUUUCUACGGACUAAAAUAAAAAAUCAAAACAAAUUACAUUUUUAAUUAUUAAAAAUUGAAAUCCAAUGAGAAAACAUUAAAUCCUAUAUGUUGAGUGGAAUAUGACGACAAAGUUUUGGACGACAAGAGCAAAUGUUUGAAUAGACAAGACAAGUCCACCUUACCAUACAAUUAAAGACCUAUCACGUAAUAGUAAUGAAUCUAGAGACUAGAGAGUGAUUGCUUGUAAUUAAUAAGUUAAACUAGUACUAAAAUCUCAAGGAAGAUAAAUUUAUUAAUGUUGUAGUUUAUAUAAUUAAUUAGUUGUGAAUAUUUUAAGACAUAUAAAAUAUUAUUUUUUAGGGAAAAUAGAUUUUUUUGCCACUCAACUUAUAGUGUUUUUAGAAACUUACCACCCAACUAAUUUUUUUAUUCUUUUAGUCACUAAUGUUAGGUUUGGUUUUAUUUUUAGCCACCAGCUUAGGUUUGGAUUUGAUUACUAGCAUUAUGAUAAUUUUUUGUAUCAUCAUUUAUACAUAGUGAUAGUAUCUAAUAUUUUGAUGAUGUGUCGUAUGUUUAUAUCCUUAUAUAUAGUAAUAGUGAUAUGACGCAUCAUCUUUCGCUAUUAAACUUUCAA